GCACAGUGACAGUUUCAGGACCUCUAAUUCCUGACCAGACCCGUAAUUCUCUUAUCACAGUAUUAUGUUCCAUCACUACAAAUUUUGAGGAGGAGGAGAAAUAAUAAUACUACUACUAAUAAUAAUGGCCAUUCCCAUUCUGCUUCUUGUAGGAGAAAAGAUUGCUUUUCUUCCUAUGUGCCCAGAUAUACUCUAACCUCAACACUGUCAUGUCACAAGGUUUUAUUAUCCUCCUAUACAGCAACACCACUUUCAUUUCCAAGGUAAUUUACUCUCCCAUACACUCCCAAUCAAAUAUUUCAGUUCAGUGGCGCUUUGCCUCUUCAAAAUCAAAUUGUUCUCCACUAAAAUGAAAAGUUUUACAUACAUUCAAGCAGACAUUUUUUUUUCCACUAUGAGCACUUGCUUUAAAUGAGGCUUAUUAAGAAAAGCAGGAACUGAAGCAACUGAGUUGAAGGGCAGAUGGAAAAGAUACAGAAAAGAUCAUUUUUGUAUCCUGCAAAGCUUUACAUUAGCCUCUACUUAACAGACAUCCCAUGGAUCUGUGACAAGGAUAAGAAUCUGACACUGGUUUGGGAAGAAUGGUGCCCAGGACAUUGCCCCCAAAAAUUCUUAGCAGCAGAGAACAGAAAGUGAUUUCCAGGAAUGUACUCUAUCAGUGUCAUCUUAGAAACAUGGAAAUUGCUGCAACAUUUCAUUACUGGAGUAUUUACAGGAUCCAUUUGGUGUGAGGCAAAGAGAAGUAGGGGAAAUGAAUUCACUUGUGUGCUCUGCAGGGAAGUACUGAGAAUCAGAUUUAGCUGAGACACCACAUGCUCAGAGGGCUCUGCAAUGGAAGUGUUGGCAUCACAACUCAGCCCAGCAGAGGGGCUGCACUCUCCCCCAUGACAUCUCCACUUCAGCCUCAGGGAACAGCAAAAAAGCCAUCCUAGAAAAGAUCCUGGCACAUAGUGUCCCUUCCAACAAAGCACAGAUUAACCCUGGGUUACUGCUUACCUACAGGUAAAACAAAGAUAAGGAAACAAAUUAGACUGAAUCCCAAAUGCCUCCCUGUGGAUAGUGCAGAUAUACAGGGAUCCCCUUUCCUGCCAGUAAUGGAGCCAAGGGAGCAGAGGGAUGAAGGCACUGAGGAGGUUUGGGUGAAAGGGAGCAAGGGCUGGAGUAGCAGAACAGGGCAAAAAGUUGUCUUUGCUCCACCACUGCUGCAAUACCCCCAGCUGGAGGCUCCUGUCUUCCUCCACUCCUGACUCACUCCACAAAGUUUACCUUUAACAUUUCAUCUGAGCUGCUAAUGGGUCACAAAGUCAUUGGCUAAAAAUUGGAAGAGUAUUUUCUUUUGCUCUCAGCUAUAGAAUUUCACCAGUGUACUGACCACGCUUUCACAGACUUGUCAGUUACUUUAAUCAAUUAAUUCUCCCUCAUUUUGUCACAGCCCUACAGAUCUGGUCCAGCAGGUUGUUACCUGCUGUAAUUCCUAAGUGCUCUUUGAACCAGCAGAAAUAAGGCACAGCUAAAAAGUCCCCUAUUUUCUGUGAAAUGUAAUUUCACCUCUUGUUCCUGGUAGGUGCAAAUAGCCCUGAAACACAAUAUUAAGUGCAGAAAGACUGCCUUGGAGACUCAUUCACAGUAAGCAAGACUUUUCUCUCCCAUUAAAACUUAAAAAAAAAAAAAAAAGAAAAAAAAGGCCCUGAGUAUGUGAGUAUGUGUCAGAGUUAAGAAUUAUUUAGGCAGACAGAAGCCUACUUUCAAAGUCCUUGGAUACCAGCUCUUAAGAGAACUGAGCACCCUGCUUACCCUUCUGUCUGCAUCCUCAGAUAACCAAGUCUUUUAAAAUCUGGUAGAGACAGACCCAAAGCCACUGGUUAUGCACCCUGAUACAUUUGAAAAACUGCAAUGUGUUUUUUUGAAAAGUGUUUCUGUUUAAACACCAGGUAAUGCCCAACUUGGAACAUUUGCCAAAUGGCCAACAUGACCAUCCCAGAGGGAAGUCAGUGCUCCAGGGCCCCAGCCCAGCCAUACUCCCACAGCUUUUGUUGCUUUAACUUCUGCAAGGCACUGUCCCAGCCCCGGGUGUCCCCAGAAAGCAAGUGCUGCAGGGGUGAGCCAAGUGGCCCAGAGAGGCUCCUUGCAUCUUCCUUCCACACCUCCCUGUAGGCUCCCUUACCCUGUUAUUUCCCCAGACUCAGCACACUAGCCCAUCCUAGCUUAGGGGAAUAAAAAAAAAUCCUUAUUUCAGUGGGCUCGUGAAGCCACAUUCAUUUCUGGAGGCCUCUCUGCUAUUCCAUGGCCAGGGCACUUCUGUCUGUGCAUGUGCCUUGUUCCCCUGGGAUGGGCUACCACCACUGGUACCAGCUGUGGUGCAACUGGUCAGGUUUUUCCCACAGCAGGGCUGAUAUUUGGCUGUACAGGCAGCCAGCAGCUGGUGCUGCUGCACAGCCCCCACCUGGCAGCACUCCCUCACUCCUCAGUGGGACAAAGGGGCUGGAGAGCAGCUCCCAGCCAGCUUCUCCCUUGAGUGGGGGUCUCAGCAAUUAGCCUGAUUGGGAGAAGAGACAUUUUAGGAUGUGCACUGGCUGCAGAUGAGCAGGAUGAUUCACGCCUGCCUGUCUGCAGGAUGAGGUGGGCUCCUGGAGCUCUCUGCAGAGCCAUACACUGCUCUAACAGCAGGCUUGUGUCUAAUAAUAAUGCUCUGCCAGCAAUUAAAAAUAUAACUCCAUUUAAGGGUGAGAUACACAGCUUGGGGUAGAGACUGUAGGAUGUAAAAAAUGACACCAGUGGGUAUUUUAAGACAAAGCAGCUGAAGGCACAAGCUGGCUGCACAGCACAGCGCAGCUCACUCCCCCGUGCUCGGUGGCCACUUCUGACCCCUCAGAGGACCAAAGCAAAAGCCUGACCCUGACACUUCCUGCAAGCAGCAGCUGCUGGAGACACUGGGGAGGUUUGCCCCAUCCUUGGUUUGGGGCCAUAGGGGCAGGUUUUGGGGAUGGGAUGCUGGGAUUUGCAGCAUGGGGCAGAGCUCCCAGUGUCCCACAGAGCCCACCCUGCACCCAGGUCUCAGGGACAGCCAUCUGAAAUUGAGACCAUGUGGGCAAGGCAGGCCCUAGCAUUGCUUUAGGAGCUCAGGAGGUUACCAGCAAUGCUCUGGAGAAGCUUUAGCAACAAAUGAAGCAAAUCAAACCUCAGUUCUAUUUCCACGUCUUUGACCUUGCUGUUGGCCAUCACUCAGACCUGUCUGAGCUCACCUGAGGAAAGGCAGGAAGAGUUUUAUCUGAUAAAAUUGAACACAGAGAGAGAUAAUAGAUAGUACUGAUUGAUAUAGAAUUCCCUUGGAAAAAUGAAGAGCUAAUGGAAGAGAAAUAUACUCAGAGACAAAAAAAGAACUUGCACACAGCCCAAGACAAGUCAGGGCUCCCAGCCAACCUAAUUCCAGUGCAACAGCUGAGAGUGUCUUAGAAAGUGGAAUGAGUAACUCCAGACUCAGCAUCAACUUUUCUGGGAAAGUUCCUCUGGAGCACAUUUUGGCUUUAGAGAGGAGCAAGUCACUUGUUCAGAGCCUCUCCCUACCAGGCCCAUCUGUCCCCUCCUGGCCCCAGGCUCGGGCUGCUCCCCUGAACAGCACAGGCACUGGCUUUGCCUCUCCCUCCUGCCCUCUCACCAGACCGACAGGGGACAUCCCCAAGCUGUCUGCAAAUCAGAGGCAUUCAAAGAAGAGCAGGUCUUAAUCCCAUGCAGUUCAGCAGGAGGUCAAAGUCUUUGCAAACCCAAUUCCUACUCCCAUCACACAGUUUAGAAAAUAUUCAAAGUCUACUGGAAAUUGCAGCACCAUCAGGGAUCAAAAUGUACUCUUUAUGGCUCUAACUUAAAUCAGUAGUUUAAGUGUGCAAGAAAUCACAGAAUUAAAGACAAAGUCUCUGAGUCAAUGGGAACCACAGGUCAGGAUCCCAGAUUUCACACCAUGUGCCAACAUGUCUGUAACCCCAGAGCCUGCUGGGCUCAGUGAUGGUCUUGCUGGGGGUCUGUGGAUACAGGGGAAAAUUAAGACCCAAAUAAGCCAGAAAAAAAACCUACCUGGCUUGUUUUUUUCCUGCCUUGGAGACACACACUUCUCUCAGGCAGAAGCUUUUAGGGAUAACAUUCCCAAAUCACUCAAAGAUGCCUGCCCAUCCUUUUCUAUUGGUUGCCAUGGUGAGAGAUGACGGAGCCCGAGCUGGGUAUAAACGAGGGAGUUCAGGGAAGGGAUUUAGCAGAGACAGGAGGGAGGUGAGUGCUGGCAAGGCACUGCUGAGGGCAUUCUGUCACCAGACCUGUCACCUCUGUCACCACUGAGGACGUGGCUGGAGGUAAGUGCUGGCUCUGGGAGGGCUCAGCAUGGGCAUGUGCAGCCUCAUGUAGGGACAAAUUAGCAGUCAUUAGAAUGAGCUUUUUCUUGAGUAAAUGAAAGGAAAGUUAGUUAUUGUUAGAGAGAGGAAAAAGGAAAGACUAAACCAGCUCAAUUGAAUGGAGGUGCUGCUCUGAGCACUCUCUGGCUAGGAGAGAGAACCCUGCAGCGAGGUUCAGAGAGCACUUUGGGGAUCUAAAGGAGUGAUGUUCUCAAGUAAUUUGUGGCUGUUGCUAAACAGCCACACAGCUCAGAGAGUAGCAAAAAACUACAGGACAUUGUACCAUCAGGGAUCAUCAUCUACUACUCACUGGCUCUGGCUCAAAUCAGUUUAAAUGUUUAAAUUUGUUAGUGUCUUUUUUCUGUCUUUGUUCUUACUAUUCAUAUAUUUGUGUUUCCCUAAAGGCACUGCUUUUAUAUUUUACCAACCUACAGAUUUCACAUUUAAGAUGCUGAUAUUGCAGUGUGAGAUGCUGCAGAAACAGAAAGAGUUUAUACUUUAUUAAGCAAGGAAGGUACAGAAAAUGCAGUGACAACUUAAAACAGUGAAUUAACCAUUAUGGAGCUUUCUAAAUGGCAUUUAGGUGUAAAAUCAAAAUAUCUGUUGAUUGGCAGCUUCACAAGGCAAGCUGAAGCGAGUUUAAUCAUCACUUUAUGCUAAUCACACUUGCAUUAUCAUUUUUAUUUUGUGGGAAACAAAAAGCUAAAAUAAUUUCUGAUACAGACAAGCAGUCAGAGAUUUUUAAAAAAGUAUAACUGGAGCAAGAAUUAUACCCUGUGCUCCAACUGGAUGUUUUUGUUAUGAAGCAGAGUGAUACAGUAGUCUGGGCAACAGCAGGAUUUGUCUUUUGUCAUUUUAGCAUGUAACCUAAGUGAGCCAGGAUAGUUUUGAGUCCAAUCUAAGGGAAAGUAAGGAAAGACUUCAUUGAUGUCAGCGUCCUUUUGAGCUUUGACACAAAUCAGAAACCUGAGCCUCUCCCCGCAUCUGGUUUCAGGGGCACGAUGAACAUCGAGGUGCACAACAUCACUUACACCAGUGCCACCGUGUCCUGGGCCAUGAGCAGCCCCUGCCCAGAGAACUACUACCACGUCAUGUACCGCCCCAACUGGAACAGCGUCUUUGCCGGCUACCUGCGGCAGAGCUUCCACCGCGAGGAGCGCGUGCCGCACCCGCUCAGCUCCCUGGUGCUGCACCGCCUCACGCCCUCCACCAUCUACGUCCUCUGCAUCACCUGCAAGAACUCCUACCCCUCCAGCAACCACUGCACCACCUUCCACACGCUGGACAAAAUCCCCCUGGUUUUCGGUGGCUCCAAGCACGAGCCCACCGCGUCCAUGUGGAUGGUGAGCAGCCUCCUGCUCCUCUGCUUCCUCGCCCUGCUGGCCUACGGCUGCCUGCAGUUCUGGUCUGCGCGGUGCCGCUGGGCUGCCAGGCUGAAGCACCCCGACAGCAGCCCCGAAGAAGCGGGGGAAGGAAGUGUCUCACCCGAGGAGCCACUGAGUGAUGGACUGAGAGAGGAGCUCCUGGAAGUGCCCAUGACCACUGUGCUAAUGAGGAGCUCCAGUUUCGUGAAGGAGAGCCCGUAUAACUCCCCUCACUGCUUUUUCUCCUAUAAAAACAGCGAUGAUAAAAGGGCCAUCCUGCCACAGCAUGGCCUUCAAUGAAAGCAAAAGAAAACAAAAUCUUGCUUAGAGGUUUGGUUUGUCCUGCUCUUCUCCAACUCUUGCCAAGAGGACUGUCUGUGUGUCCAUGGCAGCUGUCUGUCCCAGGGUAGAACAUGAGGCAGAGACACUGGUCACAGGGAGAAAGAUUUUUGUCAAGUGACAAAAACACUCUCAUUUGCUGAACAUUUUUAAGAAGAAACCAAGUCAGCUCUCUGGGAACAGCCAGGCUUGGCAGACUGUAGUGUCAUUAGCUCAUGUGCAUCAGUGCUGUAGGUUCACUUCAGAGUCAUCAAUCAAUGUGCAUAAGAAAUAAACUCCACUCAAGUAGUUUCACACUUGACUGCCCCUCCACUAGCAUCACAGCCCAUGCCUUUGUAGUGCCUGCAUAAACAGCCUUGCAGCCUGAGAAAAAAGCUUUUUGUCAGUAUUAAGUAGUGCACACACAAGUAUUUUAGUAAUUCCCAUUUUGAACAGAAAAUGGGAUUCCUGAAGUGGUACCUUCCUUGGAGAGCAUCACUGCAUCAGAGCACCAACUUGCUCACUUCCCUGUGCAUUUAGAUGGAUUUGACUGAGUCUCAGUGUCAACACCAAGCAAGAGCAGUGCUGACACACCUUAACAUGGGCAUUUUAUGGAGAAGAAUACGAAAAAUCAAUAGCAACAGCACAUGAAUCUGCUUCUUGCAUGUCCGUUUGGUUGCACACAGCAAUGUGACCCUGCUCAUUCACACCCACCACUCUGUAAAUGAACCACUCCUUGCAUUUCUUUCUCUUCCUAAAUAAAUAUUUCCAACACCCAU